AUCGUGGCUAUUUGACGACCUUGAACCUCACGUCUCCAACAGCUCCAUUGCAACGCGACAUCAGCUUCGCCCUUCCCAACGCUGCUAUUCCACGUCCCCGAACAUCGACAUCAUGGCGCAAGCUCCGGUUCAGACCCUUCAUAGGGAUCCUCAGUUAUUCUACUGGAUCCUUAUCCCCAUCACCAUUGUCAUGGUCUUGACUGGUGUGCUCCGUCAUUACGCAUCUGUCCUUAUGGCGACCGCGCCUAAGAAGCAGGACGAAAAGGCGAUGCGUGAGCAACGCUUCCUUGCUCGGGGUGUAGCUCUUCGGACCAACCACCAUGUCCUCUCACAGAGGGCAUUCGAGUCUCGACGUGAUACUCUGACAACCAAUUACGAGGCCGGAACAUACCUUAAGGAGCCCGAUCGCAAGGGCCAACCUCCUGCCAACCCUCUGUCCGAUCCCAGCGCUAUGGACGGAAUGAUGGGUAUGAUGAAGAACAAUAUGGCCAUGAUUAUCCCCAAUACACUCAUCAUGAGCUGGAUUAACGCCUUCUUCAGUGGAUAUGUCAUCAUGAAACUGCCCUUCCCCAUUACUAUCAAGUUCAAGAGCAUGCUCCAGGCUGGUGUUCAGACCAGGGAAAUGGAUCCUCGAUGGAUGUCCAGUAUCAGCUGGUACUUCCUCUGCAUCUUCGGUCUCCAGUUUGUUUAUGUGUUCCUUCUUGGCAGUGACAAUGGUAGGCGUCCUGAUCUGGCAAUUCCUUGACCAUGCACUAACACAAUGUAGCCGCCAGCCAGGUUGCCCAGCAAAUGCAAGCGCAGCAGAUGCCCAACCCCAUGAUGGGUGGUCCUGGCCAGGACCCCCACAAGCAGUUCGUGGCCGAGAUUGAGAACUUGAACGUUGUGGAGCACUACUCUGUUCUGGACAACGUUGAGGAACGUUUUUUGGCGGGUAUCAAAUCGUAGAUUCAUAGAACGAGCAAAUGCACAUACGCCAAAUAAAACGCGGUGACAUAUUUUUCCUGGGCCCUUGUUCUUCAAUAAUUCCUCAGUCCAUUAUCCAACACUAUGCUCCAUCCCACCAGAGGCAUACACCUAAUCCUUCAGCAGCCAUACUAGCCUUGAUGCGGUACGGAGUUUUCAAAGGUGAAUCUUCGGCUUGUGUUGGUCCAGCGGGAGCUUGAUCGUGCCACUCCUCCUCGAUUACUUGAAAGCGAACCAUCUCAUGGUUAUCAUAGAAGAGUCGAUCCUCAUCGAGAUUCCA